GUGGCCCUGAUGUAUUGACCAAAAUAUCCAGUGGUGACAUAAAGGCAAAAGAAGGUGAUCUUGUCAACCUACUAUGUUCUGCUCAAGGUGAACUUCCAAUCACUUUCAGCUGGGAAAAAGACCAGAAGCCACUGGAAAGUUUCAUGGAAAAGGAAAAGCCCCACCGCAGUUCUUUCCUUGUUGUAACAGUGAAAGACCAAUCAAGUUUUGGAAAAUAUAUUUGUCAUAUCCGAGAUCGGUUUCAAAGCACAAGUCAUACGAUUAGGGUCCAAAAACUAGAAGGUGCAGGUAAUUUCGCUUUUUAA